AAGCCGCGAAUUGCGCGGAUCGCUGGGCCUCGAACCAGGUCUAGAUAAGCGCAAGACCCUUUGCCCUUUCAGAAGGUUGCGGGUUUGCAAUCGUUAGCCAUGGCGAGGACCGAUAGAAACAGCACUCGCGGCGACGGUGGUUCUGCCAGAAACAACAACACAACCGGCCGUCGCACCCCCGCCCCCGAAGAAGACCAUGAUCGCCUUCGGAGUGGCAGGGGUAGCAGGGGAAGGUCUGGCCGGGAACGACCAGCAUCAGAGGGCAAGGACGUCCGAGAAGGUAUCCGUGGCGGUGGCGGUCAAGAUCGAGGGCGAGCUUCAAGCGUCUCCAGUAGCAGCAGUAGCAGCAGCAGCAGCAGCAGCAGCAGCAGCAGCAGCAGUAGCAGCAGUAGCAGCAGCAGCAGCAGCAGCAGCAGCAGCGGCGGCGACGAGGGGACUGGUACGAGCAUGAGCGAACGCGGAGACAAGAACGCGACGAAGCGCGCACGGGCACCAGCAGCAGACGCCAAGGGGGGCAGCGAAGAGCAGGAGACGGCGCCUACCAACGGGUCUUCUCACAACAUGCGCCACCAGCGAGAGUCUCCCCUCCGCGCCGCCGCCGUCGCCGCCGCGGCCGCCCGGCGCUCCAGGCAAGGCAAGACCACAGGCAGCCGUAGCCGGUCACCCAUCGCGAGAAACCGCAGUAGCGGGGACGGCGGCGGCGGCGGCAGGGACGGCAGACAGGAGAGGCGGCGCUCUCGGGGCACGGAAAGAGACAGUGUCAGCCCCGGUGGCCGAAGGGACAGGGGGGGCGGUGGUCGUCUCAGUCCGGUUGCAAGCCCCCCAAGUCGCCGCCGGCGUGACAGCCACGAGGACGACGAACGCCGCCGCGGGGGUGGCGGCGGCGGCGGCCGGAAGAGCAAAAAAAGCCGGCGGGAGACGACGUCCUACGACCGCGCCCGCCGGAGCCGCAGCCGCAGUGCCAGCGCCGGACACAGGUCCGUGAGGUCCGUCCGCGUGGAGAUCUCGCCCCCGCCGGCACCGCCCCCGACGCAGAGCAUCAGCCCAAGCCCACGGCGCAACGGCCACGGCAACGGCAACAGAAGGACGACAAGGAGCCGGUCGCGGUCUUCACCGCAACGUCAGAGGGACGGUGGCUGGCGGAGAGGGCGGGGCGGGACAGCGGCAGCGGCGGCGGUGGCGAUCGCCGGCGGGGGGAGAGCGGGAGCCCCGGCCGAGGCGGCAGUCGCUCGGGACGGAGGCGGGGACGCCACGACCGUCAAGAAAGCGAUGGGGGCGGCGGCGGCGGCGGCGGCAGUAGGUCUCCGCCCAGGAAACGGCGGCAUCACUCCCGUGGCCGUGGGGAUGACGGUCGUGGACGACAUGACGCCGAGAGCCCUUAUCCGGAGCAGAGGAGGGCUUCGUCGUCUCCCCCUCUCCCGGCAAGCAGGAACGGACCUCCGUCCUCCCGGAAGGGGCGCAUCAGCAGCAGCCGACACGGCCAGGAGUAACGUCGGGGCGUUGCUGAAGAAGGGGAACGGACGAGGGAAGGAUCACGGGGGGCAGAAGUACGGGUGGGGUGGAGCGGAAGCGCGCCAAGGGGAGGAGCGAAAAGACGCGCAGCCAGCCGCCCCGCAGGAGCUAGCGAACUUCGGGCUGUCGGGCAAGUUGGCCAAGGACCAGACCACCGGCAACGUCUACAAGGGUGUCGUCCUCAAGUGGCAAGAGCCGGAGGAGGCGUCAAAACCGACCAAGAAAUGGAGGCUGUACGUCUUCAAGGGAGAUGCUGCCAUAGCAACCCUGCACAUCCACCGGCAGAGCGCGUACCUCAUCGGCAGAGAGAAGCGCGUGGCCGACAUCGUGGUGGACCACCCUAGCUGCUCCAAGCAGCACGCCGUCGUGCAGUUCCGGAUGUUCGAGAGGGUCGACGAGAAGGAGGGAACCACGCGCCGAAGCGUCAGACCGUACAUCAUGGACCUGGACAGCACGAACGGGACCCUGCUGAACGGGGAGCAAAUCGAGUCGGCGAGGUACAUCGAGAUGAAGGAGAAGGACGUGGUGAAGUUCGGCACCAGCACUCGGGAGUACGUGCUCCUCCACGACAAGUCCAACGGAUAGAAGAGGAUCCAACGGAUCUAUUUGCCUGGCCCUUUGCUCUCCGUCGAAGACGCCCUCAACCGAGUUCGACAAGUCCAACGGAUAGAGUAGGAUCCGACGACUAGAAGGGAACCCAACGAGUCUGUCGCCUGGGCUUCUGCUCUCCGUCAACGACACGCUCAAUCGAGUGCGACAAAUCCAUCGGAUAGAAGGGUAUCCAACGGAUCUAUUGCCUGGCCCGUAGCUCUCAAUUCUUACGACACGCUCCAACCGAGUAGACGUCCAGCGGGGGCACGGACCGGUCUUAAGUACGCACGGGGUCUUGCUGACCGGCGGUUAGACCGACCUAAAUCAACGAAGGUGCUGUUGUCCUCUGCGACGAGGGAAAGUGCGAGAAAUCAACAGAAAAAACAGUAGCAGGUUCAAGAGAAUGACAGGCCUUGGGCAAGCCUUGUUCUGGAUGAGCACGAGCAACAGAUGUGAUUUUUGAGGUUUUAUUUCCCCGCGAACAUUUCCAAAAGGUUCUCCAUCGCACCGCUAGAUUUUUUCGCCGCUGUAGGUCUCUCUUCUGCCGUUCAUCGAGGAAAUAGACAUCAUGUUGUAUCAAAGGGGAAAGCUUAUUUUCUAGGGUUGGGUACUAAACCAGUACGUACUGCCAGUGCAUAUGCACUGGCAGUGCAUAUGCACUGGCAGUGCAUAUGCACUGGCUGCGUCAGCAGCCAGUACUCCAGUACAUUCCUAUAUUCGCAGAUUUCCUCUGUAUUACGCCUCAAGAACCAGCGGAAACCCAUAUACUCAGAUCUCCUCUGAGAGACACACCGCCACACGUCAAACACUAGCUACCAAACACGCCACAGAGGUCGGGAAACCAUACAACGAUGGACAGGUUUGUAGUCUCCCCUGCCAGCUCGCCGUCUGCUGCAGACUCCGGCAGUGGUGCUGAUGAUGC